GAAGUCAGCGUGAAGCCGCGCAGCCUCAGUUGACCGCUGUUGGUGUUGUCUAACCGGGUCACAGUUCUGCUCCGUGUCGCCGAAUAAAGUUCGGGAUCCAGACCCAGUAGCAGAGCGUGGGCCUGCUGAGAUCAGCCGGAACCGCUUCGUGUCCGCCCAUGGUCCUCCUGGUCCGGUUCGGACCGUCUGCGAGGCGAGGCUGCUAGUCAGCGGGCUAACAAACCCACAGGCCGGCGUGGAGAGUGAGAUGACCCGCUGCUGGCGCUCCAGCCCGGGGUCAGCUGAGUGAGAGGGCCGCCGCCGGAGCGCCGAACCCCCGCAGACAUGUGGCAGAGCCUCGGCCUCACCCUGCUGGUCAUCGUGGCCACGCUCCUCUGCGUGUUGCUCUUCAUGCUGUUCGGUUGGUACGUCGUCUGGCAGCUCUUCCUGUCCAAGUUCAAGUUCCUGCGGGAACUGGUCGGCGACGCCGGAACGCCGCAGGCCGAGACCCGGCCUUCAGAACCCGAACACCCGGCUGGCGCCCCGACCAGAGCCAGGAACCGGACCGCACGCCAAAGAGUCUCCUUCCCAGAGAGCAACUCGUAGCAGGUCGUCGCUCCUCACAGGACGCUUUACAGGAACCAGCCGAUCCAAGGGAAGUCCUGUGAGGACAGUCCGGUCCAGUCCGGUCCGGUCCGGUCUGGAUGAUCCAGCUGCUCCCUGCCGCCAGCUAGAGGGCGGGGCUUCUUAGCAUAGAUGACCUCUAUGACCUCAAAGUGGUAAUCAGUUAAUGGACGACCUGGACGUGUCCAUCAUCAUGCUGUUAGAAACCGUCGGCUUCAGGAAGUCACAUGAUCUCUUCUGUGUCCAAUCAGCUGCUGCCAGCUGACCUCAUCAGUAUUUCAUCACUUCCUGUGGCUUUUAAUAAACUUGUGGGAGGGCUCUUUAUUAAGAUGAAACUUCUUUAGUUUAAAGUAAAUAAAUUAAUGCCAAUCAGGAAAUGAAGCGAGUCUUUUGUGGGAAAGUUCCUCCAAACGAUGUCAACACGCCCCCCAGUGGAUAUUAACAGCAUUACAUGAAAAACAGAUUCCGGUUCUGGAUUUUAAAACAUUUAUUGAAGUUUAUUACCUGCUGCACAGCAUGAUCAUUAACUGAAAAUAUUAUGAUUGGUUAUGGAAAAUACAUUUAAAAAUGCAGAGAAAACUAAUGGUAAAUUAUUAAAUAACCCCAAAAUCAAUCAUUGAUUUAUUGAUCUUUGAUCUACUAAAAUUUAUAUUUUCAUACUCAGUUUUAUCAUUGUUGCAUGAUAAAUGUAAUAACUUGUAAAAUAUACUUUAAUGCAGUGACCAGUACAACAUAAUAAAUUACCUGUUAUGUAAAUCAUGAUGCCUAUAAAAAUAUUUAACCUCUGA